AUGCCGGGGUUUGGCCGGGACAGGGCGGCGGAGGGGCCAUCUGAGAGCUUAUCCCUCCUUUUCUCCCUUGCAGGCACCACCUCUGAGCCUGAGAUGUUGCCAUUCCCAGAGAUCCGUCUCGCCAACGGGCCCAGCCGGUGCCAGGGGCGAGUGGAGAUCCUCUACAACGGCUCCUGGGGGACAGUCUGUGACGACGACUGGGACAUCGUGGAUGCCAACGUGGUGUGUCGCCAGCUGGGCUGUGGCCAUGCCAUCACCCUCCCAGCCGCCAUGACCUUCGGUCAGGGGAGUGGGCCCAUCUUCCUGGACAACGUGGACUGCAAGGGCUCGGAGGCAGCCCUGAGCGAGUGCUGGAGCCAUGGCUGGGGCAUCCACAACUGCUACCACUACGAGGACGUGGCUGUUGUGUGCAACGAGUUCUCACCCACGCAAGUCAGCGAAGGACCGACCACCAGGACCCUCACAGCCUCAGUACAGGAUGGGGAAAGUGACGGCAGCAUCCGCCUGGUGAGCGGGCCCGACACCUGCCAGGGCCGGGUGGAGAUCUUCUACCGUGGGAACUGGGGCACGGUCUGCGACGACGACUGGGGCCUGAGCGAUGCCAGCGUGGUCUGCAAGCAGCUGGGCUGUGGGCAAGCCCUGGAUUACAAGAGCAAUGCCUAUUUUGGCUAUGGAACAGGACGUAUCCUCCUGGACAACGUCAACUGCGAUGGCAGUGAGCCUUUCCUGUCUGCCUGCUACAGCCUCGGCUGGGGCAUCCAUAACUGCGGCCACCACGAGGAUGCUGGGGUCAUCUGUGCAGGACUGGACACAUCCACCAUCACAUCAUUCACCACCUCGGUGGCCCUGGACUCUGAGGAGACACUCACAGCCACGGCCACAGUGACAGACAGCAGGGACCAGCCCUCCCAGGCCACUGAGGUGGUCACCACCACACUCCUGACCAUCGAGCAGGAAAGUGGCGGCUUGCGGCUGGCGAACGGGAACGGGAGCUGCCGCGGGCGGGUGGAGGUGCGGCACCGCGGCACCUGGGGCACCGUCUGCGACGACGACUGGGACUUCCCCGACGCCCAGGUGGUCUGCCGGCAGCUGGGCUGCGGCACCGCCCUCGCCGCCACCGUGCUCGGCUCCUUCGGCUACGGCAGCGGGCCCGUGCUGCUGGACAACGUGGGCUGCGGCGGCGGCGAGGCGCGCCUGGCCGACUGCUUCCACCUGGGCUGGGGACAGCACAACUGCGGCCACCACGAGGACGCCGGGGUCAUCUGCCGAGGUGACAGUGGGAGCUGCGAGAAGGGGAGUGGAACACAGCACUGGGGUGGGCAUGGGCAGGGGCUGCCUCACCCCUUUCCCUCCCCAGGCUCCUUGCGCCUGGUGAACGGCAGCCACCGCUGCGAGGGGCGCGUGGAGAUGUUCUACCUGUCCCAGUGGGGCACGGUGUGCGACGACGCCUGGGACCUGCGCGAUGCCAAGGUGGUGUGCAGGCAGCUGGGCUGUGGGCACGCCCUGGCAGCCUGGGGGGAGGCACGCUACGGCCAAGGCACCGGCUACAUCUUCCUCGACAACCUCAAGUGCAAGGGCCACGAGCCCUCGCUGCUGCGCUGCUCCCACAUCCGCUGGGACGUCCACAACUGCGACCACUCCGAGGAUGCCGGUGCUGUCUGUGACAUCCUAUGACCCUCCCGCAGCUCAGGUGGAAAGACCCAGCCUGCAGCACCAUCACCUUCGCCACCAAGUGUUUGAUUCCUACUGGAACAUUGGGAAAAUGACUCCCCUGUUCUCAUGGAUGGGGUUCAAGGGUGGGGAAGGGCUCAUACAGUGGCACAGAGCUCACUUCUCUGUUUGUGCAAUUCAUUUGUUGAUAAGACACUGCAUAUUCCUGGGCUGUUUUUUUUUCAUUUUCCAAUUUUUUUUUCUUAUAUGUGUGUGGGUUUGUUUUUGUGAAUACAUAAAAGCCCUUUGAAAGUGCUCUGAGAGCUGACUUGUUUUCCUGUCAUCCCCUCAAAUCCCUGGGUAAAAGCAAACACCUGGAGAAGAGCCCCAAACCUGGAGGAGAGAGCUCAGUUCUUGGUGCCAAAAAUUGACCCAAAUCCCUGGCUUAAAAUGCUCAAGCAGCCUUUAAUUCCCACCCAGCUGAGAGCUCAGCUUGGACCUUUCUCCACCCCAGCUCUGGGAUACAACCCUGAAGCCCACCAGGCUCAGGGGUUGAGGCUGGAUCCAGCUUUGAGUUUGUUCCCAGUGGGAUUUGACAGUCACGUGAACUGUGGGAUGGCCCUGACCCCAUAGUCAGGCUCCUGUUGGCUCCUCUUCCACUCCCCAUGGACAGGCUUUUUCAGCACUUUGAUCCCAGUCCAGAUCUC